UGUGACGGCAAGGCAGUUAGCUACUAACUGAGCAACAAAGCAGGGAUAGUUGCGUAACACCUCCUUUCUGAGCAUGAGCCGCCCCGUGGGCAGGCCCAGUAAGUGACAGAGCUUGCUGGCUAAAAACAUGCAACCCACCACGCAGGCUAGCUCCAAAACGGAGAUGCUCUGUGCCUUCCACCCAUCCUCUUUCUCCUCCUCAUACCUGGCCACCAUCGGCCCUUCCUCCUCUCUUAUCGCUCCUCCUGUUUCUAUGCCUGGCGCUGUGGCCAUGCCCACUGACUGUUGUAGGCUGGUUAAACAUCGUCCGCACGUCAGGCUAGCCUCUACCGUGCAUAUCCCAGCACUAACUGCCUGCCAUUUAUACCUGUCAACAUCUCUCUUAUAUGGCUAUGGCUAAAACAAGGCAGUCAUCGAGCGCUGGGAUAUCCCGGUUAAUAUCCACUGGGGCACCUACCAUACACAGGAGGGGACAUAACCAAGAGCG